AUGAAAUCUGCACCUUUUAGAAAUGAUUCUGAAGAAAAGCCUGCUGAUGGCGAAUCUGGAGAAAGCGAACCUGCAGAAGUUAGCAAUCUACCAAUCUUUCAAAGAAGUUCAAAUAUUCCGUUAAAUCCAGUUCAUGCAUACUUCAGAACCCCAAGUGGCCCAACAAAGAUUCACACUCACAGGCAAUGUUGCAUGUGUAAACGGCUCAUCAAAGGAAAAAACCCAACAAAUUUAGUUUAUCACGUUACAAGUAAGCAUCCCCACAAGAAAAAUCUUCUGAUCAACGACAUCAAUGCCUGGAGGAAGAAAUACUUCAAGAAAGGACCGAUCCAAUCCACAAACAGUCCAGCAGCUAUAGGCAUCCGAAAGUUCUUCACCAAGGUCCCAUCUGGAGGUACAGUCUACAAGCAAAAUGAUCCGAGACAGAAAUCUUUCAAUGAGGCGUUAAUUUCUUGGAUCUGUCAAUCAGUUCUUCCCAUUAGCCUUGUAAAUGAUCCGAACUUCAAGAAGAUGAUCAGCAUUGCAAACCCUCAUUUAACUGUAUUGUGCCGACAUACGCUCACCAAAAGAGCAAUAAGUCUUGAUGUCAAGUGCCGUGAUAAAAUGAAAAGGCUUCUGAAUACUUCAAGAAAAGUGGCGGUCACAACUGACAUUUGGUCGCAGAAAGGUUCAUCAGGUCUCGGUAGAUGUUGUCCGAGAUCCUCUAGAGUGGAAGAGUGGGAGAGGUCAGAUGGGUUGACCUUCUCCUUCCAGUGCUUGUCGUAG